ACUGUGUGUUUCUGUGUUUGUCUUUGUUGUUGACUUUUGAGUAGUGCAUUUUUUCCAACAUGAUGAAGAAAGUUACAUCAUCAAAGCCUGCGGCUGCAGCUCCAAGCAGGUCUCGAAGUAGUGUUGGUGGUCUCAGAAAGGGCGCAUCCAACCCAGAGGACAGGUGGGACAAAGAAGAAGAAAUGGAUGUGGAGGACGAGGAACUUGUUGAAGAGGAGAAAGAACAAGAAGAAGAAAAAGGAGAAGAAGAAGAAGAAGAGGGCGAAGAGGAAGAGGGCGAAGAGGAUGAGGGACAAGAGGACGAUGAGGACGAAAUGGAUGAAGAGAAUGUGGUAGUAGCUCCGAAGAGAGGACCAACAAAGCGGAAAAAAGGUUGGUGCGAAGACUUCCUUUUUAGCAAGAGAUUGCACGAAGAAAUCCUUCCCUUCUUCUGGGCCGUGUGCAUCACAGGUGGUUGUGCGCAGUUGUUCGUGCAGUUCAAGAAGCCCACGUACAACCUCGUAGGUGAAAUCAUAAUCGCGUCCUCGCUGUUGGAGGAUGAGCGGAUGCUUGCAGAGAUGUGGGUUGUCGUGGGGGAGAAGAUACUCAGAUAUAUCUUGAGCUCAUCGAAAAUGGUACCUGGAAAGUUCCCUAUUGAGAACAAGAGGUUGGCUCAAGAAAAUAGAAAGGGUUUUAAGCCAUUCAUCGAAGCGCUCGGGAAUCACUUGGCGCCCUCCAUUGAGGAUCGUGUUCUUCCUUUCAAAGAAGCGUUCGACAAUCUCAGAAUGAAAACGCCUUCGGCGUCGAAGAAGAUCGGCUCCAAAGCGCAGCAGAUGCGUCCGCAGAACGUCGCUUUGCCUCACACUUGCGUCGACUCGACUGGCGUUUUGAAGCGUGGCUCCGGGACAAAGGCCAAGUCUGCGAAGCAAAAGGCUCUCGCAACUAAAAAGAGUGAAAAAGAGUAUGCAAAGGGGAAGGAGAAGGUGAAAGACAAGCAAGAAGAAAUCCAAGUGCCUCAGGGUUUUGUGCCUGGAGAACGGACGGAGGAAUUAACCAAAGUUUGGGAGGAGCUGAAGAGCUUGAACGCUAAGAAAAUCUCCAACGAGUCCUUCUAUCUGUCGAUGAGUUGCAUGGAAAGACCGCCCUUGGAUGCCAAAGGGAAAAGACCAUUAGAGGUAAGAGAGCCUGACGAGGAUCAUAUCAGUCUGCUAAUGGAUUCCAUGAUCAGGCAACCAGUUGGAGAUCAUCUUCCAUUCGUCGGUCUUGUGGACCCUAGGGAGGCAAAGGACAAACGAGCCGUAAAUUUGGACAAGCUUAGGGCUGGAAAGUACCGCUUUUUUAUUCUUGGCGGUGACCAUUGUCGGGAGGCAAGGGAGCGUCGCAUGGCGAUGUACCCUGACAACGAAGAGUACAAGUUCAACGCCUGCUAUGUUUAUGCAGGCUUGACGGUGGAUGAGGCACGGCAGGUCGCUCACAUGCAUAACCUCGCCGCCGACUACCAUCGCGAUAUAAACUUCAUCGAGAAGAUGAAGUGUUGGCGGCAAGUCUUUGAAAGCAAAGGGUCUGUUAAGUCGCAGGAGGUGAAAUUGGCGUGCCUUCGGGAAGCAUGUGUUCCAAACCCUUCAUUGAAACUGGGGAACAAUGAUCCUCUACUGCAAGUUGCAAUGCGGCCAAAAGAAAUUUGGGACUUGCAACUGCGGAUUUUCAACAUGUGGCAAAGAGGGGAGGUAAAGGGUCAGAAGUUGAAGCCCGCGGCAAAGAGUCAGAUCAAACAUGAAGCUGGCCCUGAAUCAAGUGAAUCUGAGGGUGGGAAGAGAAGCCAACGAGGGCAGAGGCUUGACAGGGCAGCUGCUAAGCUACAAGAGAUGGCGCUCUUGAAUCCUUGGGUCCAGUUCAAGGACAAUAAAGUUGUCCUUGUGCCUGAGGACAUGCCUGCCCAGCCGUGGAUCACCAUGGGUAACAUGGCUCCUGAGAAUGUUGUUCCCAUUCUUCUCGAAGUCAUUUCGAAGACCAUCUCCAUCAAAGAAAUGGAGCAGAAAUUCAGGGUGGUCAAGAAACUAAACUAUGUCUGCAAGGCCUUUGCAGACGGUGUCGACUGCAAAGAGUUCAAGGAGGCGGAGCAGAAAUAUCCUUUGCACACGAAGAAGGAAGUCCUGGAAAAGUACAUUGGCAGCUUCGAGAAGCGUGGGAGUACACCUACUGCUCUGAAGGACCACAUCGUACGAGCAAAGGAGUGGAGAAAGAAGGAGGAGAGAUUAAUGGCCAAGGAGGCACAAAGAGCUAGUCUUCUGGCGUUUCGAGCGCAACCUCUACCGUAGCCUUUUGCUGAUUGGACGGAGGUGAAACACGA